CCAGUACCAGAGGAGCCCUCAGACUGGCAGCCGGCUGGAGCAUUGUGUCUUGUUGGCGUAAGGAGUGAGAGGACAGACAGACUGACAGGACAGUCGAUGAGAGAGACAGAGAGAAAGAGAGAGAGAGAGAGAGAGAGAGAGAGAGAGUAGUGAUCAUGACAAGGACGAGGGGGAAAGCAGAGACCCUCAACACCCACCUCCACGCCUUGUUCACAUAAAGGAGCAACUUCACAACAAAAUCUAAUAAAUGAACUUGGAUUAUUUAUUCUUAGGGUGUGACGUGGGUUCUGAUGUGAGAGGUUGAGAGACAGAGAGACAGAGAGACAGAGAGAGAGACGCUGACAGGCUGUAGAGGAGUGUGAGCGACCUGAGGAGGAGCGAGAGGAGCAGGAGGUUAAACACUGAAGACAUACAACAUGUGCUGCGUUCACAGACCACUUGAACUCUGCUGGACGUCUGCAUCACAGACAGUCAGCUCUUUGAUAUAAAUCCAAUCUUCAGCGCUUUGAGACGUCAUGAAUGCUUGAAAGGACUUUGACUCACAUCCUCGAAAUACACACAAACAGAUCGAGUGUCAAUAAGAGCGGCCACUGGAGACUCGUUCAGAACCUUGAGUCUGCCGCUCAGGAUGUACAGUAAGAAAAAUCCACGUCAGAUCAGACUGCAACAACCCCCACAGCUGCGUUCUGCACCGCGAGGCGACACGGCGACAAACAGAAAAGAAACAUUUGAUGUGUUGGCUCCUUCUGUCGUGUUGGAUUUUGUAAUUUAAUCAAACACAAACAUAACAACACAAGUUUGGACUAAAUACAACAGGAGGAGGAGUACCACCAUGAUGGAGAAGCUGAACCCCAGCUGCCCACCUGCUUCACCCCCCACCCUUCCCCGCUCCCCCUCAUCUUCCUCCACCUCCUCCCCCUCCUGUGCCUCUGUGGAGCAGAGCAGUCCCCUUCAGAACAAGACUUCAGCCUCCCCACAAGACAUGAGCAGCCCCGAGACACACAACGGACACACGGAGGUUUCUGCUGCCACAAAAAUCAGCCACAGCUCCGAUACUCCUGCUGCACCUGAGCCCGUCAUGAUGGAGCCGGAGGAGGAGGAGGCGGAGGCGGAGGAGAAGCCAGGAGAACCAAGCAACACCACAACACCUGCUGCUUCUGCCUGCAGGUCUCCCCCUCUCUCGUCCCCGCCUCCCCUCCUCCCUGCACCAGCCAAGACCUCCCUGUGCCGUCUUCCUCUUCCACCGUCCACCACCCCCCUCCCUUCAUCCUCUCCUCUUCCUCCACACAUUCCAGUCAUCAGCCUGGGUCACAGCAAACCUCCUCUCCCGCUCCCGAAUACCCCUUUGACUGCCCUCCACCCCAUCCCCAACCUGCUGCACGGCCGCCGCAGUCAGCUGACCUACAUGCCUGUGUCCAGCCCCGGAGCCUCUGGAUCGUCUGCGGCCGCUGGGGCCCCUUCAGCUCUGUCCCCGGGGCCCCUGAUGCCUCAGCAGUACCUGUCGGCACACUCCUUCUUCACCAGUUCUUUCCUGGGUCACCCAGCAGGAAACUAUGGGGUCAUCACCAGCAGCAGGAUCAAACGGAGACCCUCGUCACACUUUGAGAUGGAAAUCAGUGAAUGUCCACCUCAGAAACUUGCUCGUCGUGUCUUCACCAACAGCCGCGAGCGGUGGCGGCAGCAGAACGUGAACGGAGCUUUCUCCGAGCUGAGGAAGCUCAUUCCGACGCACCCACAUGACAAAAAGCUCAGCAAGAAUGAAAUCCUGCGUCUGGCUGUCAAGUACAUCAACUUCUUGGUCACUCUGCUCAAUGAUCAGGCCCAGGACAAGAGACGGGACUCAGCCGAGGAGGAGGACGAAGAGGAGGAGGAGGAGGAGGAGGAUGAAAGCACGACAGCAGGGUCGGACAGGAGCAAACAGAACCCCCUCUUCAAGUGCCACACUCCCCCUCAGGCGCCAUCCUCCGACCACCCCGCCUUGGCGACCGUGCACAGAGACAGAGACUCAACAGACUCAGUCAUCGCUCUGGCUAACUCCCCAGCUACAUCCAGUUGCUAUGGUGACACGGACAGUGAGGAAAGCUGCAGGGUAAAGACCUCUUUGGUGACCAAUGGCAUUCUGGGAAAAGUAAAGGGUCAGAGAAGGAUGGUGGCAUCGACACAUGAUGAGCGGUGACACCUGAAGACAGCAGACAGAGAGGUGUGCUGUCGCUGGGAGUUUUCAUGUCACACUGUCCUCCACAGUCACUGACUGACGAGCCGGUGAUUCUCUUUUCAGCCACACAGUGUUUGAAGACUAAUUCCCUUUUAGUGUGAGUGAUUGAGAGAGGGAGUUUUAGCAAUAUUUGGCCGUUUCAGCUUUCUGGUGUUUGCAGACAUCGUUGGUGUGGCUUUGUGUUUCAGGAAAAUACUGAACCGUGCACAAUUUAAAACGUACUUUUAAUAUCUAAGAAAGGUCAUAUGGAUCCAUUACAAAGAAAACAAAACAAGUUCCUAGAAAUCGAACAAGAUUGUCUCAUGCUGGAUUUAUGUAAGAAAUGUUGUUUUUAAUGUGUGAACAAUUUAAAAAGUAACCUCCCCUCCUUCUGCAGACUCGUAAACAUCUGGAUAUUAAGAUUUCUUUUGACUCAGAAUGCAGCUUUCAAAAUGCACAUAAUAAUGAAAAGUCUGCUUUGUCUGAGUGAAGUGACAUAAAGUGACAGAAACUAUCUCGCCUGCAGAGAAAUGAUGGAAACGCAUUUUACAUGCGUGCAAGCUUGAGCUUUUUUCUGACGGUCAGAGAAGCAGCGGCGGUGGUCCCGCCCUGACAUUGUGACACACAUGCAACGGACAGAAAUAAAGUGUGUUUAAGUUUGCUGUUCCUUAUUUGACAUCCUCUUCUUGCUCGCUAAACGCUGCUCUGUGUCAGCAUGAUUUCUCAACAUAUUCCAAAUGUUUUGCCAAGUUUGCCAAAUGUUUAGGGAACAUUCGUGACCCCUCAUAUUGUUCAGAAGAAUCUCAGCACACAAUAAUCCCCCAAAAACAUCAGAUUGUUGAUGGAUUAAGAAAAGCUACUGAAAUAUUUGAACCACUCAAAGAUCAACAAAACUGACUUCUGAGUUAGUUUGUUUCUAUAUGCUGCUAACCAGAAUCGAGGUUUGAUAUGUCAUGCUGAACUUUGAGCAUAAAUAAAUUGUGAUGUAACAUCA